AUGCCCCCGGAAGAUAUGGCCCAGCCGGAUUUUGCCUACAGACCUUCAGCCAUGUCCAACGGACCGUGGAACUCGACGCGGAGAAAAGCUCAAUGUACAAUGAUGCAUUCCCACCCGCUGGAGGGUUUGACGGCAACUACUAUCGCUCAUCAAGGUAAGAGCCAGACGUCGAGUUUUCUGCCAUUUUCAUCACAAAGGAACAAGCGAGUAACACCGUCCCUUCAAAGCGUGUCUACAUACUCGCCAGGAACCAGUAAUUACAACUUGCCGAUCGGAACAAAUCCCCAUGUUGCCGCCGCCGCUGCUGCUGCCGCCGCCGCCGCCCCGGCGUACGGAUCACGUCCGGCUUCUGGCACAUACGGCACCAGUGGUGCUGCUGGCUAUGGCUCGUACAAGAGUACGAACUCCCAGGCGUGGGACCACCAGGAGAGAUACUCCCCAACGGACUCGGUCGACGACAUCAUUGCAUCCCCGAACUUGUCUGACUACUCCCUCGAGAACGGGGCCGGCGCCACGCCUCCGAGCAAAGGAAAGGUGAAUGGGAAGGGAAGGCCUCAGCGUAGGCCGUCAAACCGCGACGAAUUCGACGGCCCGCAUCAGUUUCUCGCCCGCCCGCCACCGGAAUACAUCGCCAUGCAAGAGCGCGAACUACCUCACUUGCCGACGAACCUGCACGUGCAAGAGCAAGACAUGGUCCUGACCCAAGUCAACGACCGGCUCUCUCAGUGCGCCUACGACUUCGUUGCGAAAUACCAGUUUCCGAUUCCAUUAACGCAGGACAUGCGGCCCGUAGAACGGCCCCAGGAUCGGGAAUGGACGGAAUGGGUGUAUCUCCUGAAGCGGCUGGCGACGAAGCGCCGCAUUCCCGCGCGGGUGCUCUAUAACGGACAGAUUAAGCAGUUUGUCACGAUUCUCGAGAACUCUCUGGAGAUGCGGCACGCCGCCAAGCAUCAGAGUCGCCCACUAAAGGACGACCGCAAUAUUCUACAGCUCAUUUCGGCGGGCAUCCAGGUGGCCAAGAUCCUCAAGGAUGCCAGUGCCAUGGAAUACCUAGACCGACUAUACGUUUCCACGGAGAAGCAGAUUCAAGACCGUGCCGUCGCGCGGUUCAGAAGCUAA